UAGUCUUUCAUAUGAGCAUUUCAGGGUGUGUGCAGCCAAACACGGAGAGUUACAUUCUUGUGGAGGAGUGGACGGAUCUGGUUGAAUCACAAGCACCAAGCAGAAAUACUACACCCUACAUUCCUGCACAGGCGUGUACUAUAGUCUGCGUACACAAACAAGCAUGUGGCGUGUCGGUGCUGAACUUCCUCGCCCUGCAGGAGAAGGAGGAUAAAGGCGUGACGUCGCUGCCCGCAGAGAGGCCCAUGCAGCGGGAGGGGAAAGGCAGGGACGCGCCGUGCGGGGACGGACGCUGAUGUUGCUGCAGAGCAGACUGCUGCGAGACGCAGGAGCAGCUACGGCACAAAACAACCGGUAACCUCGGUAACUUUGCAGAGACAACAGACAGCCACAAUGUCGGCACCGCCCGCCGACCUCGGAUCUGAUAUGACUGUGCGCACCUAGAGCGGGGAGGAAGCGGCGCACAACACCAGCAUCUCCUCCGCGGCUGCCUGGCCUCGUCUCGGUGUGCGCGGCAGGCCGGUCGAUCGGUCAGUCAGUCAGUCAGUCAGUCAGUCUGUCUGUCUGUCUGUCUGUCUGGAGAGGGACAUGUCCUCACUAAACAUAGAGGAGGACCAGAAAUGGGUACCGACACACGUCCAGGUGACGGUGCUGAGAGGCAGGGGCUUACGGGGCAAGGGCAAGCACGGCACUAGCGACGUGUACACCAUCAUCCAGCUGGGGAAGGAGAAAUACUCGACCUGCGUGGCGGAGAAGACCACCGAGCCGGAGUGGAAGGAGGAGUGCUCGUUCGAGCUGCAGCCUGGCGUGUUGGACAGCGGCGGGCGGAGCGGCUACCCGGCUGGGUGCAACAAUCUGGUCCUCACUGUGAUGCACCGGGCGCUCAUCGGGCUGGACGUGUUUCUCGGACAGGCGGUGAUCCAGCUGGAUAAGGUGUUUCAAGAGAGCAGAUGCGUGAAAAACGAGUGGUACAGACUCGACUCCAAAACGGGGAAGAAAGAGAAGGAACGAGGAGAUAUUCAAGUCACGGUCCAGUUCACCCGAAACAACCUGACGGCCAGCAUGUAUGAGCUUGUCAUGAAGGACCAAGAUGCCUCCACCUUCAGUAAACUGAAAGAGCGCAUAAAGGGGAAGAGGAGCUCCAUCGAUGAGGACUCUUCGUCGGCCGUUCUGCCAGGCGGGUACGGGCCCUUGUAUUGGAUGCGGCAACGGCUGCCGAGUGACGGAGGUGGGGAGGAGGAUUAUGAAGAUGACGAGGGUGGUGAGGUUCGACGGAGCAAGAUGAGGACCUUUUUCCUGAGAGGGAAGCUGAGGAAAUCAUCGGACACUCGCUCCAGCACAUCACUAGGCUCAGGGAGUAGUGAGUCGUCAUCACGGGGCGGGAGCCUCAGUCCCACAGCUGGCAUCAGCGUGGUGGUCUCUGAUCUCUCCAACUCGCCUAGUAACAGCAGCAACCUGACAGCAGAUAACAGUCCAGAGCACACGGCAAACACGUCACCCAAGUCACCCUCUCUCAAAUAUGGGUUUGGUGAUGAGGCCGGUGAGAUCACCAUCGCAGUGCCUCAAAUUAACGUGUGUGUUAAUGGAAGCCAUGAUAACAAGCCCCCAGACCCAGGCUCAGGAAAGCCUGCGUCUUCUUUAGGCGUGGGACUGUUGCAGAAGUCUUUGCCUCUGUCCAUGUCACUACAGAACCUGAGCCCCCGUGCCUCCACAGACCUCUCCAAGAGCCCUGUGGGAGACGGGCGACGCUGGUCUUUUGACAAACCGGGCGAGGAGGAAAAGGCUGCCAUAGUGGCAGCUUUGGAGCUAAGCGGCCCCAUGCUGGGUGAAGAAGAGGAGCGUCUGCCCAAAGCUGUUUCCACAGCGGAGUCAGAAAACCAGGGGAAAAAGCAGAGGAGGAACUUGUUCUCCCAUGGGAGGAGUGAGUCUGCAGGGAAAGGGCAGAGUCAGUCCAAAGAUGAGUCUGAACAGGCCCCUGCUGCCACUGAGGAGAAACACAGGGGAUGGUUUGGAUCAAAGGACUCGCACAUCAAACCCAGCCUGGUGGUGUCACCUACACUAGAGCCCAGCACUGACCUCCACCCACCACCCCUGCCACCUAGUCACCACCCCCCUGGUGUCCCUGUAGCCCCUGCCACUGUGGCUUCUCCACUGCAUCACUCUAACCCCUUCUCCCACUCACAGACCACACCACCCCCCUUUGCCCCCUGCAACCCUUUCUUUUCUCUCCUCCAGCACAACCCUUUCUUUGAAGAUGUGUUAAUAACCACUCAGCCCAUAGAUUCUUCGCUGCCUCCUGUACCCUGUCUCUCCGGUUCCCAGCUCCCCGUAGCAGACCUCUUUCCACAGGCGAGUAACCCAAACGCCACUCUGACCCACGACAACCCAACCACAGAAGACUCCUUUAUGGGCAUAGUUGCAAAGAGUGAUAUGAUGGCUGAAGUUGAGAAACAACUCGGAGAAGGAGAGAAAACGUUAAGCAAGAAGCUGUCCAACCCUUUUAUGUCUAGCAGGGAGAUGGAAGCAGACUCAGAGUGGGACGACUCUUUUGAAGUGUUUGCAGCUGGCAGGCUGCAGUCUCACGAGGAUCAGACCCCGGAUUGCAAAACACAGCAAAAUUCACCCAGUGACCAUCCACUGAAGUGCUGCAAUGGUGAAGGAGCAUUAGUACCCAUAGCAGAUGCUGAUCAAAACACAAAUGUGAACGACACACUACAUUCUCAGCCUUUUACAGAAUUUGUUUCUGAAGCACAUGAAUCUGUCAGUCAGGUGAGCAGCACUAACAAACAUCAUCUUGACACAUUUGCACAAGUCCUUGAAACAAUCCCAGAGCACAGAAGCUUUGGGAGUGACAGCACAACUAUAAAUGCUUCUGAUGACUCUACAAACCAGGAUGCUUGCUCUGAAACUAACCAAGCUAACAGUACUGCUAACACAAACGAUUUAACGGAUGCUAAAAUGCAUCACGUCCCCUGUCACACCUUGUCGAUACCGCUAAACAGCAGCUCCCCAGAUCCUGGUUCUUCAGGCCUCGGCAGUUCAGCAGAGGAAGAUUUACUAUCCUGGCUUUCUUCUUAUUCAGACAUCUUCUCUGCAUCCUCUUCUGAGGAAACUGAAGCACAGAACUUUGAAAGUAAGAUCCUUGGCUUUGAGAAAUCUUCUGAAUCAGCUGUGGUAAAAAAUUCAAAGCCCUCAGAAUCUGAAGGUGACAUUACUGACGGGCUAAAUGAUCCUUCUUCAGGUGAUGUAGCCCAGGAAGCUGUUAUUCAGCAGAAGGAUAUUGAUGACAAGGUAGAUUCAAAUGGUUCUGAGAGAUCAUUGGCACCACAGUCCCCAUUGCUUACACCUCAGAAUCUCAUGAGUACUGCAAAGGAGAUUGGAACUGAAGGUGCAGAUCCUCAAACACUAAACUUUUCUAAUCUCACUUACCCUGACCUGUUGCAAAAACCCUCCGAACUAGAUCUGAAAUCCACCGUCUUGUCACAGUCUGACAAUGAGAGUGGACACAAAGACAACAGCUCUAUAGUUGAUUUUUCUAAGAUGGUCAGUGAUAGCUCUGUAAAUACACAUGUGGUGAUUCCACCCACUCCAGAAGAAGAGCUCUGCUCCAAAACCCCAUCAUUAUACAUCAUAACCUCCUCCCCCAGAGUCAGAUGGUCUUUGUCAGACUCACCCUUUGAGGGCACUAGUUUAGGAGGACAGGAUGUUAGCCAGCUUUUUCCAGUGCCUUCUGGGCCUUUUGAUGAUUUGCUCAAGCCCAAUCCUGGCAACGAUAUUGACAGCACCCUACUGCACACUCAAGGUGAUCAGAGCACCAGCAGCUUUCUCCAGAGUUCUUUCAGCACUGAAUCACAGGGGUACCAAACCUGUGAGUCUCAUCUGUCCUCUGAGUACUCUAUUGUCUCAGAGCCAAACGAGACGCUACACUCUGCAAACUCACUGCUCUGUGGUGACUUGAAUGAGAUUCAAACUGCUGGAGCUGCUUUGUGCUUAGAAGAUUCUGCCAAACACAGGCCAUCUAGCACACCCGAGGACAAGAUGGCAACUCUUAAGCCAAGUUUCACCAUAGGUGAUGAGAUGAAAGUUCCUCCUGCAGCACCGACGGACUCUUACAUAUGCUGUAAUCCCAACGAGAUCAGCAAAGGUGGUGUGGAAAGCCAGCAUUUUAUCUUAGAUUAUGAGUUCUCAAAAAGCCCUCUGGCACAACCUGCUCCACUAAACCGCUCCCAUUCUGAGGGCAUGCUGACUUCUUCCUUUGACAAACUCCCCCUGCCCUUAUUUGGGAGUGAUCCUGGUACGAUACAGGAGUCCUCCACAGCUCAACGAAGCUCUGACCUCCCCUGUCUGUCCUCCUUCGCUCCUUCUCUAACUCCUGAAGGCUCUCCUGUAGCGCUCUCUUCCCUCCCUUUCCUUGCCAUUGCUUCGGCAUGGUCACCACCCAGCGCAACACAAGGCGCUGCGCCAAAUCCAGUGCCAAUGCCUCAAGUGACGCAGCAGCAGCAGGCAGCCAAUCAGGAGAACAGCCCCCACCCAGUGAAGCCCCUGACCACUGCCAUGCUGGCUGAGGAGAAGCGGACCGAGGGCCGGUCAGUGCUGGCCACCGGCCUGGAGAAGCUCAAGUCCACCAUCCACCCGGGGAGGAGCAGCCAGCUCAGCGAGCAGAACGCUGACAGGAAGAAGCCUCUGGCAGAAGGUGCGGGCUCAUACUACCAUCUGACCCACAGCGAACUGGUCGCCCUGCUGGUGCAGCGGGAGGCGGAGCUGGAGAGGCAGAAGGCAGAGUUUGAGCAGCAGAAAGUUCUGCUCGCUAAGCGGGAGGUGGAGCUAAAGAAACUAAAGCCACAGGUCAGAGAUCUGGAGGACUACAUUGACACGCUGCUGGUGCGCAUCAUGGAGCAGAAGCCCAAUCUCCUGCAAGUGCGCUCCAAGUUUAAGUGACAACGGGGGUUGAAAGUGUUUGCAGUUCAGUCCACAUCUGUUCACUCUAACCUCCGCAACAGCUCUUUAGUCAUUUCACUGCUAUGCUGUCCUUUUUUAUACAAAUAUGUGGGCACUGAAAGGUGUUGAGAUGAUGUUUGGCUUUACUGUAAUGAAAUGUGUCCUAGUUGAAGGGUUUGGUUUGGGCAGUUUCGAAUGUAGCUGGUCCUCAGGUUGUUUUCAGGGUCACACAGCCAGUUAGUUUAACUCACAGAGGAGUGAGCCCUGUGGGUUCAAAACUUAGAUGCUUCCAUUUUGAGAUCCUGAUUGUAGAAUAAUUGAUUCCCCCUUUUCACUUCCCCUUUCACAUUAUCACAAUAUAGAGCUAUUGUAGAGUUUCAGUCCAUAAUGGUGUGUAUCAAACUGCUGUAACUCCUCACUCAGUCAUUCAAAAACUUAAAGCUCUUCAAAGUGUUGCAGAGACACCUUGAAGGAACACCCUGGUCGUUUUGCAUAUUUUAGUCCAUUAACUACAGAUUUUGAACAUUUUAAAUCAGUGUAGUCUGUUCCAUGCCAUCAACUUGAUUGAAGACUGAUUUCCUUUGUAGUUUCAGUUUUUUUCGGUGCAUCAUGAAAAUCAACUUGCAGAUACUUAGAAAAUUGCUCAGGAGGUCAGUCAAUCACAGUGAACUUUGUUGACUUUGUAUUUUUGUCUUAGCAAUGAUGUUGAUCACAUCACUGACAAAUGCCAUAAGUAAAUAAAGGCAACAAAGUGUUCACUGCAGUAGAUUUCAAGUUUCCGCAGAAGUUUUCUCAUGUUUUAAGGAACUGUUUGACAUUUACUUAACCGCUUCACUUUUCAAGAGUUGGAUGAGAAAAUUGAUACCAUUCUUAUGAUUGUAGUAUAAACAGUGUUGUAGUACUUUAGUCUAGGACUCACACUGGAGUCUGACUUGAGUCCUGAAUGUCAGACUCAACUUGAGUCUGAACACUGAGUGCUUUCGGACUGGGAAGUUGGAUAUGAGGACUAUAUCCGACACACUUCCAUCAAAGUAUACACUCCACCUUUUUAACUGUUUUUUGUUUUUUUGUGGGCUGUUGUGUCACACACAGUAAGUAAACUCCUUUAAAAAUGGUAAGAGCUGUGUCAUUAUGUUUAAUUAAGACCUUCUUGACUUGGGUAACAGGGACUUUGACUGUUUGGACUCAAACACCGGGGAAUCGACUACGUUUAGUGAAUUGACUACAACACUGACUAUACAGUAAAUAUAGUCAGGAAGCAGUUAGCCUAGCUUAGCAUUAAGACUGGAAGCAGGAGGAAGUCUGCUGACAAAGCAUGGCUUUGUCCACAGUUAAAAACUACACCUACUGCUAAUAAUUCUCAAACUUACCAAUUAAAAUGUUAGAACCUUUUCUUUAAGCCACAAACAAAGCAAAGUUGUGAUCCUAUGCAGAGUUGCUGUAAUUAUUUCUUGGUGAACAGGGGCUGGAUGUUGUCGUUUCCAGACUCUCUAUAGCAUGAAACCCCCCAUAAAACCACAACUAAAUGCUUUGGACAUGCUCCUCGAUUUUUUUUUUUUUAGUCUGAAUGCUAAGCUAAGCUCCUGGCUCAAGCUCCGUACACAGGUGUGAGAGUGGUAUCGAUCUCAUCAAACUCUUGGCAAGAAAGUGAAUGUUGAGCUAUUCCUUUAACUGAAAUGGAACUAAAAUCAGUGGCUGCAUGAAGGAAGGAAGUAAAUCUUUACUCUUGAAGUAUACUUUAGAAAAAUGGCUGCAUUAUUGUGAAAUUUACACAGUUUCUCAUUCAUGGGUGAGACCUUUUUUUUCCCCAGGUGGUGUGUGGUGUUUUGGAUUGACACUCUACAAAUGUUCCCUGACAAAUACUGUGUCCUCUGUCCAGUUUUUGAAACCACAAACCAAAUGAGCGGUGUGAGAGUUUAGCGGUGUCAUGUGCACAGCUGAUUGUAGCUUAUGAAUGUUCAAAAGUGUUCUUAGCCAGCAGGUGAAUGGCUCUUUCUACACAAGUUUAGUGCUGUUUAUCUUUUGCCUGUUCCUUCCUUUUUAUCCUCCUUUCUUCUGUUCCGUGGGCAUUAUUUUAAAAUUACCCAUAAUGCUCAGCCACAUAAGCUAACUGAUUCUUGUAUGGGUCACAGUGUUAUCAGGUGAAGACAGUAUCACUCAGUAUCCAGUCAGCAUCAAGAUCAGCCAUCACAGCUUCUCUGAUUUCAUGCCUUUUCCUUCCCUUUUGUCUGUUAUCGACGCGUCUCCACCGCGCUGAGUAAAUGCCUGCGACGUGCUGGUACUUCAUUCCCCCUCCCCCAGUGUCUGUGUCACCUCCACUUAUGCUCAAGCAUGCAUAUCGCUACUGCUUUCAGGUGUUUACAAAGCGAUAUAUACUGCAUUUUACAGCAUACUGUAUAUGCUGUAUUGAAAUGCCAACUGCUGCCUUAUUUUUGUUUUGUUUUGACAUUAUUGAGAAUCUACACCUUCAUUUUACAUGUUGGGGCUUGGGGAAGCUUUUGAAGAAGAAAAGCAUCUGUUUACUGAACAUUUUUAUGCUUUGUUAUAUUGUUUAGGUCCCUGCACAAGAAAAACUUGUAUGCCUACCAACAGAAAAUGAGCAGUAAACAUGAUUUCCUGUGAAACGCCAAAAUAAAAAAAGCCUUCAAAUGUAUUAAUCCAUGGAACAGAUUGAUACACCAUAAAGUAUUCUGAAGCCACUUUUAACAGCUCGUGUAGAUGUUGUUGCACUACUUAGCCAUCAGAACACAACUCUACUGUACCUGUCUGUCUGAUGUCGGUAUAGUUAGAUCCACUCUACACCGUACUGCACUUUCUAAUUGCUCUGUGAUUUAAGUACUUGGUGUACUUUGACACCACAACAGUGAGCUUAAAGCAUACAGUACAAACAAGCAUCCAAAACCAUCUUGUCAUCUCAGUUCUGCUGUGCAAUCGCAAUACCAAGUGCAUAGAUGACUGUAGAGACAUAUUAAAUGUGACUCGGCACUUAUGAAGCGCAAGAAUAAAUGUUCUCUUUCAUGUCUUCCAUUUUAAAAAGUUUUUAUUUAAGUUUAAACUGAUUGUAUUUUUGUCCUUGAUUGUGUAGCUGGUGGAAUGUGCUUAAAGUAGUGUGUAAGAUCGGAAAGUUUACAAUUCGUGAUGCAAUUGUUUCACAAAUUUUGUAUAUUUAAUAAAGAGUAUUUUGUUUUUUGC